AUUUAUUCAUUUAUUAUUCUGGGGCAUUGAAACUUAAUGAGUGGGGGAUCCGAUCACCGUUGCUUAUUAUUACGAUAUCAUUAGAGAGCGACUUGACGACCCUCUUAACUUAUUUUUCCCAUCCCAUCCCUUCCCGCAUCGCCCGCCCGUCAUCGCCCUCUUUUUCUCAAUCCACCAUGUGUUCCGACCGCGCUCCUCCUCCUCCCCCGGAAUCCAGCGUCAUUGAACCUGAUAACUUCAGCGACAAUGACUCCACCUAUCCCGGCUCGCUGGGCGAUGCCAGCUACACCACCAGCAUCACGUCUAGUGCCAUGAACUAUGCAUACCAUUCCUACCACGAGGGAGAAUACGUCCUGCCCAAUGAUGAACAAGAACAAGAUCGUCUCGACCUGAGCCACCACAUUUAUCGCAUGCUCUUCAAGGGAGAGCUGAACAGAGCGCCCAUCAAGAAUCCCGCGCGCGUACUAGACAUUGGAACCGGAACGGGAAUCUGGGCGAUCGACUAUGCCGACGAGCAUCCCGAAGCAGAAGUGAUCGGAAACGAUCUCAGUCCCAUUCAACCGUCUUGGAUUCCGCCGAAUUGCCGAUUCGAAGUCGAUGAUUUUGAGCAACCAUGGUCCUACAGCAAACCUUUUGAUUAUAUCCACGGUCGGGAGCUAGAAGGCUGCGUUCGCGAUAUCGACAACCUCUAUCGCCAAGCACUCGAGAAUCUGAAGCCGGGAGGAUGGAUGGAAAUGGCCUCGAUGGAGGUCAACACAUACUCGGACGACGAUACACAUUUAAGGGCCAAGAAUCUACUGGAGGGUAUAGUCUACAUGCAUGACUGCGCUCGGGAGUAUGGAAAAGAUAUGACCAGUGUGCACAGCUGGAAGGAGAAGAUGGAAAAGGCCGGUUUCGUCAAUGUCCGGGAAGAGAUCUUCAAGCUCCCCCAAAGCCCCUGGCCGAAGGACCCCAAGAUGAAAGAUCUCGGUCGCUAUCACCAAGUCAACAUGUUCGAGGCGCUGGGUCCGUACUGCUACGCGCUGUUCACGCGCGUGAUGGGCUGGGAAAGAACGGAGAUUGAAGUUUUUGUCGCCGGCAUGAAACAGGAGUUGCGCGACUUGAAUAACCACUUGUACACGAAAGUGCACAUUGUGUACGGGCAGCGGCCGGAAUGACAUGUGGUGUGAGCAUCUCUCAUUGUGUCUGGUGUCGGCUGUUUUGAUUAUCGGGGCUUUUCUCCUUCGGAUCAUGUGAUAUGAGCCCAUUCAUUAAGCGUCUUUUCACGUCAUGUCCAGUACUACUUAUCAUAAUGCUUGUUGAAUACGAUGUAGGGUGACCUAC